AUGAGUAAAGAGUAUAAACCUCUAGUUAAAGAACAAGAGGAGAAAGAAGAAAAGGUUACAAAUUUUUCAAACCAACCCACUCCAUCCUCCAAUUCUUCAGACAUAUCAGAACAACAAAAACCAUCAAAUAAUUUUCCAUCUGUGUUUUCAAAAGGAGCACCAUCAAUUAUGGCUUAUUGUAUUGCCAAGAUUAAUCUUAAAUUAUCAAAAAAUUGGUUCCCUGUUGUAUUUUUACUUGUUGUCAUGAUUUAUACAGGAAGCAAAAGUUUACAAUUUCUUACAAUUCCUAUAUAUACUAUAUUCAAGAAUUUAACCAUUAUUUUUAUUGCUUAUGGUGAAGUAUUAUGGUUUAAAGGUUCAGUGACAGUAUUAAUGAUGACAAGUUUUCUAUUGAUGGUCUUUUCUUCAAUAAUAGCAGCCUCAUCAUCAGAUUCACUCAAUUCAAUUAUAAUUGAGAAAUAUUCUCCAUUUAACUUUGGUUACAUUUGGAUGGGCUUCAAUUGUGUUUCUUCAGCUACAUAUAUUUUAUUUAUGAGAAAAAGAAUCAAAUCAACAAACUUCAAAGACUUUGACACUGUAUAUUAUAAUAACAUGUUAUCAACUCCAUUAUUGGUUUUCAUGAGUUUAAUAGUGGAAGAUUGGUCCUAUGCUAACUUAGAAAAAAACUUUCCAAUUGAAGUCCGAGGUAUUUUAAUAUCAUCAAUGUUAUUCUCAGGAUUAUCAGCUUUUGCAAUUUCUUUUGCUUCUGCAUGGUGUAUUAGAGUCACCUCAAGUACCACUUACAGUAUGGUUGGCGCAUUAAACAAAUUACCAAUAGCUGCAAGUGGUAUAAUUUUCUUUGGUGAUCCUACAACUUUUGGAAGUGUAUCUGCUAUUCUUAUUGGUUUUUUUUCUGGAAUUUUAUAUUCAAUAGCAAAAAAUGAACAAAAUAUUGAUAAAUUAACUAUUAUCGACAAUGACAAUAAUUUACAUAAAUCUUCUUCCUCAACAUUAAAAUCACAUCAUAACAUAAAUGAUCCAAUAAUCACCGAAACACUUGAUAACUCAUUUGACAUGGAUAAUAAUCAAGAAAAUUUCCAACAAAUGAAUGCCGCUACUUUUCUUCCACUGAUGCUUCAAGCUCAAGACCUUGUAACUAAAUUGGAAAGUAGAGUGAUUGAAUUGGAAAAUGACCUUGAAACGAUAAAUGAAUCUCAUGAGCAAGAAAGGGAUCAAUUACUUCAAGAAAUUGGUGAAAAAGAUGAAUACAUUCAUAAUCUUAAAACAAAAGUUAGUAGACUUGAAUUUGAAGACAUACCUGAUCUUGAUGAUUAUGAUUUAGACGGUAAUGAAGAUAUUGCUGAAUUUAAUAUAUCUGAAGAUGAGGGUGCUAAUGAUUUUGCGUCGAAAUUCCGCCUAACACCAAGAAAAUCCAUUGAUAGUUUACAUGAUGAAGAAGAAAGAAGGCAUUUAGAAGCUGCAUAUUCAAUGAGUAAUGGUAAUGAAAAUGCUAACUUUGUAGAAGAACCAGAAGAUAUGGAUAAUAGGCAUCAUAGUGACGUUGAUAAUGAAAUUGGAAAUUCAAGUGAAGAAGAAGAUAGUGGCAAUGAAGAAGAUGACGACCAUGAAAACGUUAACAUUCAUAAUCAACUUCCACCACAAGGUCCAAUUCCAAAUAUUUCCUAUACUGAUAAUUCAUGUCCAAAUUGUAAUGUAUUGCUUGCUCAAGUUGAUCAACAUCUUGAAGAACGCGCUUACCUUAAAAGAGAUCUUUCUGCUCUCGCAAUAUCUUUAUCAGAAGAACAAGGACUUCGUGCACAAAUACAAGCAAAUAAAGAAUCUUUAGAGCAAGAAAUUGAUGAUUGGUUAAAUGCAAUGUUUGAAAAGGUUAACCAGAUGGUGUUUGAUGAAGCCAAUACUCGUGAAGAUAUUGAAUUGCUUAGUAGAGAAUAUAAGGGAAAAUUUGAAAAUUUAUUUAAAGGCUCUAAUUCCAGACAAGACAGAUUACGAGAAUUGAAAUUAUUAUUGGUCCAUUUAGAUUCAACUAAACAAAGACAAACUGGCACAGCAAUACAUAAUGGACCUGGCGCACUGAAUAGAAAUUCUAUAGCUCGUCGAAGUGUAAUGUCAAAUUCACCAGUUAAUAGUCCUAGAGGUAGUAGAAUUUUCGGUAACUUUGGCCACAUGUCACCAAGCAUCUUUUCCAAUUCAUCUGAAGAAUACUCUUUGACAAAGGGCAAACGUAUUUAUAUUGAUGGUGUGCUAUUUGAAGAAUUUCAAGAGUAUGUUAAAUCAUUUAUCACGUCACCUGCACCCAACACAUCAACUCCUACACAUUCAUUUAUGAAACGUUGCAUGGUGGAAGACAUUCAACCUUGUCUUUUUGAAGGAAGUACAGGUUGGAAAUCACCAUUCUAUAAGAGAAGAUUGUUGGAUGCUAUAAUGAAAAACCAAUGUGAAAUUCAAGCAAUCUAUUAUAGUUCUUCUAAUUCAGUGCCAACCACACCAUUAUCAAGUCAAUUCAGUAAUAAUUCCGUAAACCGUUCCAAUAGUUAUCAUGAGCCUCCACCAGCGCCCAAAGUAAAAUGUGGACUUUGUGGUCAUUUGAGAAGUUGUGAUUUCCGUAUGAGAUUGUCAGGACCGGAUGCUGCAAUUCCACCAUCAACCACGACAAUGACACCAUCAGCUCAAUCAUCAAGAUUCUCGAUAAACUCUAAUCCAGGAUGGAUUCCGCUUGAUAGAUUUUGUAGAGAUCGUGUUGUGGCAGUUUGUGAUUUCUACUCUUAUCUAUCACAUUUACGUCAAGGAUUACUUAACAAUUCUCCAGUAUGGGGAAUGUAUAAACAGUGUUUGAAAUACCGUAGAAGAAUGGGAAUGUCACGUGUUGGAAGUGUUAGUAUGUUUGAAGAAGAAGAAAAUAUUGCUAAUGAACUUUUAAAUAAUUCUGAAAUAGAAGCAAUGGUUGUUCUUGUUCAUUAA